AAACACAAAUCAGUGAAAUCCCCCCCCGCCCCCCCUUGCAGGAGGCACGGCAGCACCAUGACGGACUCCAAGUACUUCACCACCACCAAGAAAGGGGAGAUCUUCGAGCUGAAGGCUGAGCUCAACAGCGACAAGAAGGAGAAGAAGAAGGAGGCCGUGAAGAAGGUGAUCGCCUCCAUGACCGUCGGCAAGGACGUCAGGUGCGCGGCCCCGCUGACGGGUUUUGGGGUGGGAUUCCCUGGUUUUGGGGCUCUCCGAGGGGGCAGCAGGCGGCUCCCCGCGCUCCCCCGGCCCCAUGACGCUGCCUGGGCCUUGGGGCUGCCCCUGCGAGGUGCUCCUGGGGUUGGACCAGGCCUUACAAGUCCCCAGCCCCAGCCACCAUCGUGUCACCCCAUGUCCCUUCGUGUCACCCCACAUCCCUCUGUGCCCCAACACGUCCCUCCAUGUCCCACCUCGUCCCUCCGUGUCCCCCUACAUCCCUCCGUGUCCCACCUCGUCCCUCCGUGUCCCCCUACAUCCCUUUGUGUCCCACCUCGUCCCUUUGUGUCCCACCUCGUCCCUUUGUGUCCCACCUUGUCCCAUCAUCUCCCUUCAUGUCCUACCCCAUCCCAUUGUGUCCCGCCGCGUCCCAUCGUGUCCCACCCCGUCCCACCCCGUCCCACCAUGUCCCUUAAUCCCCUCCCACCCAUCCCGUCGCGCAGCCACCCACCCUUCAUGGU